GCAACUCGCACGCCCAGUGCUCCUGUCAUGUUUGACAGCGCCGCCAAAUUCGAAAAUCCAACAACCGCCAACAAGGAGCGACGACAGCAACGCACUCCCACACACGUCCGUGCACCACCACCACACACACACCGACCACACACACACACACACCACCACACCACACCACACAUCCACCUCUCGUCCCCCACAGCCAUAGACAACACGCAUCCACACCCAUACACGCACACAACAUACCACAACAACAAUGGGACGCCGGCGGCAAACGCAGAUGACGCUGGUGGACGCGUUUCAGCAGGCGCAGAAGAACGUGGUGCAUCACGAUGCAUGCGUGGCUGCAUCCCUGCAGAUCUUUGAGCAGCACGUGGGAGAGGAGCGACGCCUCGACGGGCUGCAGGCCUUCAACGACAGCUUCUUUGAUCUCUUCAACCGCUGCUUGAUUGUGUUCAAGCGAGAGCCCGCUGUCGAGCGCGUGAUUGAGUUUGCAGUCAAAUUUGUGGCCGCAACAACUACAGCAUCAUGCUUCCCAUCCCUUGACGAUGAGGAGGAGGAGGAGGAGGAAGAUGAAGAGGAAGAGGAGGACCAGGUGGAUGCAUUCUCGUUCAUGAACGCCUUCAUUCAGCAUCUGGUGAACAUCAGCGAUGCAAGGGACAAGGCCGUGCGCUUCCGCGCAUGCCAGACCCUGAGCAAGCUCCUGCACGCAUUGGAUGAGGAGGCAGAGGUCGAUGACGAUAUUUGGGAGGCCAUGCAGGCCGCCAUGCUCACCCGCAUCCGCGACAAGAUCCCCGUGGUCCGCGUGCAGGCCAUCAACGCUCUGAGUCGACUCCAGGAUCCCAGCGACAUGGACUGCCCUGUCAUCAACGAAUAUCGCCAGCGCCUCAUUGCCGACGGCAGCCCAGACGUGCGCAAGACUGCCUUGGUGCAGAUUGCAAUGAACAAGGCCACAAUCACCGACAUUAUUUCCCGCUCCCGAGACGUCAAGGACGUUGUCCGCAAGGCUCUCUACACUGUGUUGAAGGACAAGCUUGACCUGCGCGCCCUCAGCAUUCAAGCACGCCUCGACCUCGUCCGCGACGGCCUCAACGACCGCUGCUCGGACGUACGUGACGCGUGCGCAAAGUUGAUUGUCAACGGGUGGCUUGAGCAGCUUGGAAAAGACCCGGCACAGCUGUUUGACAUGCUUGAUGUCGAGACAGACGAAACCACAAACGAGCUCGUGGCAAAGGCCAUGCUUGAACACGGUGCAGAGGCAGACGGCUGGAAGCAGCCAACGGUGGACACCAUCUCGUCCUCCAAUGCGUUUUGGUGGCGAAUGCUAUGCGGCCAUUUGCAUCACAAGCAGGACCACGACGCCCUUGAUUGCGUGCUUCCCGUCGCGUCGACGCUGGCGCAGAUGCUCGAUGAGCUUGCAACUUUCAUCGUGCAGGCCCGCACUCGACUGCACGAGCUGAACAGCGACGUGUUGCUGGACGACGGAGCCGAUGCGACAAAUGACGAAGACCUGGAGGACCUUCAAGUUCGCGUGGAGAGCGCAACGUUUGUGUUUUGCCAACUCCUCAAACUGGCAAAGUUUGUCGACUACUCGGACGAAGCCGGCCGCCGCGCCAUGUCCUCGCGCAUCAGGUCACUGCUCGUGAAUCACUGGAACGAGCUGACGGAGACAGCCAUGACAACGUGCCUUGAGCUCCUGACGACACUGCACCCAAUCGCCUCGGAGCGCUUGCAGCUGUUGGGCGACAUUGUGCACGAUGUACAAGACGUCAACCGCACACAAGACGAUGAAGACGAUGAAGAAGAAGAAGAAGAAGAGGAGGAAAAGCAGUGCAUGUCGCCAGAGUGUACGCUGACCAAGCUGCAGAUUCUUGUGUUUGCUCUCAAGCAAUUGCGCACCGCACCCCGCAACACCUGCCUCGGUGGCCUUGUGGACACCCUCAUUCUCUCUUGCAUUCAGAGUGCCGAUGCCGACAUUCGCAACGCAGCCGUAAAGUGCCUUGGGCUGUGCUGCAUUGCUGACAAAACAUUUGCGCAGGCGCACCUCCUGCUCCUGCUCCAAGUCGCACAGGUGGAUCAAGAGGCGCUUCAGCUGACGGCACUGAAGAUUCUGUUUGAUCUUGUGCUUGCGUUUGGCGUGGCUACGCUCACGGGCAACGCGAAGGGGAGCGAGACAGAUAACGAUGGCGACAGCAGCAUGAGCAGCAGGCAAUCAGAUUCAGAGGACACGGAGCAAACUGCGCCAGCAAACACACAGACAACGAUCAUUCCCGUGUUGAAGCGAUACCUGGACAGUGACGAUGACAAUCUCCGCUGCGCUGCGGUGGAGGGCUUUGCCAAGCUGCUGCUGCACAAUCACAUCACGAGUGCGCAGAUCUUCUCGCACCUUGUCAUCCUGUACUUCAACCCACUGACAACGGAAGACGUGACGCUCCGCCAGUGUCUGAGCGUGUUCUUCCCAGCGUACGCGUUCUCCUCCCGUGCACACCAGGAUGUGAUUGAGGAGGCGUUUAUGCCGACAAUCCGCACGUUUGCGCUGGCGCCAAGGAGCUCUCCGCUGUAUUCUGUCAAGUUGCAGGAUGCUGUUGACCUGUUUGUGUAUCUCACGGGCGCAGUUGACGGAUCGGAGGUGGGCCUGCCUGCCACCGCUGAUCUUGGCUUGCAUCACAGCGUCGCCAUGACCAUGGCAAACGAAGUGCUGUCCGAACCAGAGGGCGCGGCCGUCAAACCCCUGUGCAAGGCACUGUCAAUGCUGGACUAUUCUGCCAUGGAUGAUGCAACGCGGCAAGCGCUGUUUGUGUUGGGCGAAAGCAUGCUGCAACACGUGGAUGACCGCUUUGCCAAGGGCUCAUUGCGCAAGAUGAUGGACGCGUUGAAUGUUGACGGAUCAGGCAUCAGCGAGGAAGCCCGAGAAGCAUUGGCAGAAAAACAAACCGCACAUCAGGCAACGCGCGCGGAAGACCUUCGGGAAACGGGCCUGGUUGCCGCUCCAAGCAAACGCCAGCGGGCAUCCCGUGCUGCCAAGGCACGCGCAGCGACCACGCUCAAGCAGAACAUGCGUGCCGACUCUGCUGAUGCCUAUGACGGCGCUGCAAGUGACAUUGCAGAUGAUGACGACGAGGAGGAGGAGGUGCACAAAGUGGCAUCGGCAUCACAGUCGCAGCGUCGCAGGCAACCCCAACGCCGGGCCCGUGUUGUGGACGACAACGAGAGUGAUGAAGAAGACAUUGACGACCUUCUCUCAGCAUCAGAGCAGGAGCAGGAAUCAGAUGCAGCCGAACAAGAGGAGGAAGAAGAUGGCGAGGAGUUUGAGAUUGAGCAGCUGAUGAAGGUGAAGCACAAAGGGCGCAAGCGCUUCUUCCAAGUGCGCUGGAAGGACACCGAUCCAAGUGAGGACACAUGGGAGCCCGAGGAGAACCUGCCGGAAGACCUUGUUGCCGGGUUUGACGAAGCUCGCAAACAAGACAAGGAGAAUGUUCGCCGUCAGCGGUCACGAAAGGCCAAGCCACAGCGAGGCAAGGGCGGCCGUGCUGCCUCGGCGAGCCACGACACGGAGAUUGAUGUGCUGUUGAUGAGCGAUGAUGAGUGAUUGAUGGCAGCCGUGCCGGUAGUGUUGGUGCGAGGUGAUGGUAGCGAGCGAGCGGGUGCGUGUGUGAGUCGGUGAAUGAGUAAGUGGACCACAUAGCUUGCUUUUGACAUGCUAUGCCAUGUGAAUGCUUGGAUGUGUUGAUUUCCUUUCUUCCUCGAUGCUUCUUUUUUGUGUGUGGAGUAGUAGUGGAGUUGUGUGGUGUUCCCAGAAAAAGCCCUCUCUUUGCUUCCUUUCUUUUGCUUUCUUGCUGCAUUGAUUGUUUGCCGGAUGUGUUGGUGGUUUGGUCUGUUGAUUGGCCACCUCCUUGUUCACCUUUUGCUCCCUUUGAUGGGCCCCUUGGCGUGUCCUGUUCAUGUUCACGUGCGUUCUCCUUCUCUGUCUUGUGCUGUCAGGCUGUCUGCGUUCUCUCUUGCAUGCUUGCUGUGUUGCAUAUGUCAUUGCUGUUGAAAACCAAGAAUGAACUUGAACCGCAUCGC